AUGGAUCACCGACACUCCGAUCCCGAAAAGGCGGGCUACGCCGGCUCGGAUCCCGAGAAAGUCGGCUUCGAACACGACGACAACGCCGUCAAGUCUAACUCCGUCGCCGGCUCAAAUGAUGCUGACAUCGAUGGAGGCUUCACCAAGGAGGAGCAGCGCAACAUCAUCCGCCGCGUCGAUCGCCGUCUCGUCGUGACCGUGGGCGCCAUGUACUGCGUCUCGCUGAUGGACCGGACAAACUUGUCAGCUGCGGCUAUCGCAGGCAUGACGGUCGAGUUAAAACUGAAUCUCUUCAACCGAUAUAACAUUGCCUCGCUGCUCUUCUUCAUUCCCUACAUCAUCUUUCAGCCGCCCUCGACUAUUAUUGUCCGAAAGAUCGGCCCCAGAAUUCACCUCGGCGGACUCACCCUUCUCUGGGGUGCUGUCAUGAUUGGAAUGGGUUUCUCGCAGACCUACUCGCACCUUUACGUGUGCAGAAUUCUUCUCGGAGUGCUCGAGGCCGGCUUCUUCCCCUCGUGUGUGUAUCUGCUCAGCACUUGGUACACCAGAUAUGAGGUUGGCAAGCGAUACUCCGUAUUUUACCUCCUCGGCUGCGUCGCCUCGGCGUUUGCUGGUAUCCUUGCCUACGGCCUGAUGCAGCUCAACGGCCGCGAAGGACUCACGGGUUGGCGCUGGAUCUUCAUCAUCGAGGGAGUCCUGACUUGCGCUCUUGGUGCUGCGGGAUACUGGCUUCUUGUUGACUUCCCGGACUCCCACCGCAAGUCGUGGAGUUUCCUCGGCGAACGCGAGCGUGCCUGGGUCGUCGCUCGCGUAAACCGCGACCGUGGAGAUGCCCACAUGCCGGCGUUCAAUAUGAGGAGGUUCCUCAGCGCUGGUACCGACUGGAAGAUCUGGGCGUACGCCAUGAUCUUCUUCAACACCACGACCGUCUCGUAUGCCCUGGCGUACUUCCUUCCCAUCAUUCUGCAGGCCAACAUGGGCUUCGAUGUCGCGAAGGCUCAGUGUCUCGUUGCACCCCCGUACGCCUUCGCCGGCAUCGUCAUGUUCGGGACCGCAUGGCUCGGCGACAAGUACAAGUUCCGCGGCCCCGUGAUCCUCAUCAACAUGCUCUUCUGCAUCGUCGGCCUGCCGAUCAUGGGCUUCCACCCCAACGCCUCGGUCCGUUACUUCGGCGUGUUCCUGACGACCGCCGGUGCGAACUCGAAUGUGCCGGCCGUCAUGGCGUACCAGGCCAACAACAUUCGCGGGCAGUGGAAGCGCGCUUUCUGCAGUGCGACGCUGGUCUCGUUCGGCGGUGUCGGUGGUAUUGCGGGUAGUCUGCUCUUCCGCGAGCAAGACAAGCCGCACUACCGCCCCGGCAUGUAUGCUUGCAUCGCUUGCAGCUUGCUGACGAUGAUCCUGGUGGGAUUGCUGAGUGUCGACUUCUACUAUGAGAACCGCAAGGCGGACAGAGGAGAGAAGGAGCUCGAGGCAUCAGAUGAGGGUGCCCAGCCUGGAUUCCGGUACACUUACUAG